CUAGUAUCUACCAGUUAUUGCCACGUGUUUUUACUAUACAUCACGUAUAAACAUAACCUCAUAAACAGCUUUUAUCAAGUAUUUUAAGAAAAAUUAAUAUAAUGUCAAAGAAAAAGAAAGUCAGAAUUUAUAGAACAAAAAAGAAACAAGAAUCCGAAACACAAAUAAUUGCAAAUCUACAAUCAAAAUAUGAUGUUAUUGAUGAAACAAAGGUAACAAAAUUUACAGAUCUUCCACUUUCAUCAAAGACCUUAAAAGGAUUAGCAGAAAGUAAUUAUUUUGAAAUGACAGAUAUUCAAAGACAAAGUAUUGGUUUAGCAUUGCGUGGAAAUGAUAUUUUAGGAGCAGCAAAAACUGGCAGUGGAAAAACUUUGGCAUUUCUUAUUCCAGUUUUAGAAAUAUUAUAUUGCAAACAGUGGACAAGAUUAGAUGGUCUUGGGGCACUUAUUAUUACACCAACCAGAGAACUUGCUUAUCAAAUUUAUGAAACUUUACGAAAAGUUGGUCAAUAUCAUGAUAUUUCAGCUGGCCUUAUUAUUGGUGGAAAAGAUUUAAAAUUUGAAAAAAGACGUAUGGAUCAAUGUAAUAUUAUUAUAUGUACUCCUGGUCGUUUGUUACAACAUAUGGAUGAAAAUCCUUUAUUUGAUUGUAUAAAUAUGCAGCUGUUGAUAUUAGAUGAAGCUGAUAGAUGUUUAGACAUGGGUUUUGAGCAAACUAUGAAUUCUAUUAUUGAGAACUUACCUCCAAAACGACAAACUCUUUUGUUUUCAGCAACACAAACAAAAUCUGUAAGAGAUUUAGCCAGGUUAAGUUUAAAAGAUCCUUUAUAUGUGUCAGUACAUGAACAUUCUAAACAUAUAACACCUGAAACACUUCAACAAAGUUAUGUUGUUUGUGCUUUAGAAGAUAAAAUAUCGAUGUUAUGGUCAUUUAUACGGAAUCAUUUAAAACAAAAAAUUAUUAUAUUUUUUUCUAGUUGUAAACAGGUAAAAUAUAUAAAUGAAAUAUUUUGUCGAUUAAGACCUGGUAUAAGUUUAUUGGCACUUUAUGGUACUUUGCAUCAACUUAAAAGAAUGGAAAUUUAUGAAACUUUUUGUAGAAAACAAUUUGCAGUUUUAUUUGCGACUGAUAUUGCUGCUCGUGGACUAGAUUUUCCUGCUGUAAAUUGGGUUAUACAAAUGGAUUGUCCAGAAGAUGUAAAUGCAUAUAUACAUCGUGCUGGUAGAACAGCAAGAUUGCAACAAAAUGGUGAAUGUUUAUUAGUUUUGCUACCUUCUGAAGAAAAAAUGGUACAGAAACUUAAAGAAUGCAAGAUACCAAUAUCUAUGAUACAAAUCAAUCCAAACAAAUUACAAUCUCCACAACGUAAAAUGGAAGCAUUAUUGGCACGAGAUGUUUCAUUAAAAGAAAGUGCUCAAAGAGCAUUUGUAGCAUAUGUAAGAUCGAUCUUUUUAAUGAAAGAUAAGGAAAUUUUUAAUGUUCAUGCAUUAAAUACUGAUUUAUUUUCAAGAUCUUUGGGUUUAGCUAUACCUCCAAGAAUUCGAUUUCUUCAAAGAUUGGAACAAAAACAACAAUUAAUUAAUCAACAUACUGAAGAAAAUAAACAAAUUAUUUCUCAUAAUAAAAUAAAUUGUAAUAUAAAUGAACAAAUAAAUAUUGAGUAUUAUAAUCACAAUGAUAAAGAGAAGGAACAAAAAAAUAUAUCUCAAACAAUAAAUCUAAAUGAUUUUACACUUGAUGACAGUGAUGAUGAUGAUAUAUUAACUGUGAAACGAAAAAAUAUAAAUUUUGAUGAUAUACCAGUUACUAUCAAUGAUAAAGAGGAUGAAGCUUCAAAUAAAAAAAAAGCAGUUACAAAAGCUGCUGUUGCUAAAAAAAUUCUUCGAAAAAAAAUAUUACCAAAUAAGAAAAUUAUCUUUAAUGAAGAGGGAAAGGAAUUACUAAAUCCCUCUAAAGUUAAAAUUUCCGAAUUAGCAAGGCAAUACGAAAAUGAAGAAGAUUCUGGUAUUAAUAUAGAAAUAGCUAAACAAAUAUUACGUGAAGAAGAUAAAUUUGAUAAACAACGAUUCAAAGAAAAAAUAAAGGAAAAACAUAGAGAAGAAAAACGCAAAUUAAAAGCUAACAAGAAAAAAGAUGAUACAGAUGGUGAAAAUGAAAUCGAAAAUACUACAAAGGAUUAUAGUAGUGAGCACAAUGAACCAGAUUUGUCCUGGUUACCAGAUCCAGAUAAAAUUUAUGGUAAACAACAAGAAAGUUCUAAAGAAAUUUUAAAUAUUUCGAAAUCAGAGGAAAGUGAAGAGGAAAGUGAAGAGGAAAGUGAAAAGGAAAGUGAAGAGGAAAGUGAAGAGGAAAGUAAAAUACAUAGACCAUUUAAAAGAAAACUCAUAGUGCAAAACGAAUGCAAAAAGAAAAAGAAAAAACAAAGAACAUCUCUUAAAACAGAUAAUACAGACUUAAAAGCGUAUGAGGAACUAGCAUUACAACUUCUACAGAAUUAAUAUAAUUAACUUAUUAUAUGUAGAUCAAGAUUUUAAUAAUUUGUAUAUAUUCUAUAAUAACAAUAUUGUUAAUAAUAUUAAAUAUUGUUAACUAUAACAUUUUUAUUCAAUUAAAAUAAAUUAAAUCUACUAAUA